GGUGACUCGAGCUGAUCUUUUAUAGAUGGUCGCAGCAGCAAGGAAGUACGACGUCACCGAGUUUGACAGAUCUGCAGAAGGUCUCUCUGUUUCAGAACCGUACUCAUGUUUCGGCUGAAGCAGAUUCAUUUGUUUCACUCGUCUCUCCUCACAUUGAUUGUAUGUCAUACACAGGCUCUGAAGGUGGUUUGGCCAUUCUUAGCUACGGGCACUUGGACUAUUUUUGUAUUGUGCCACAACGCAUGCAUGUAAGAGCGAGCAUUUGUUGCGGCCCGCGAUGCAGAAGUCACGUAGUCCCAUCUUCUUAAAAGUAUCGCAAAGAGCAGGCUCCUUAUCAUCAUGACGCAAGCUGCAAUGGCGCGCGAGGUCGCGCUGCGGCAAGGUUUGCUGGAAGCCGAUGCGGAUUGGACGUACUAUUUUCAACACGUGAAUCAAAUUCAAAACCGAUUAAGGAAUCACAACGCAUCUUCAAUACUAGCAGUAUUUGGCGAGAGAGUAAAAAGUUUUGCGCAUUUCAAGUUUUCGCACUACUCAAAAAUAGGUACGUGAAAAAGCGGGAAGCCCAGGAAAUUGUCCCCCGCCUUUACCUCGGCCCUUAUGCGGCGGCGUGCAACGAGGAGCACAUGCGGGCAAUUGGAGUCACGCACUGCAUCAUUUUUCGGGCCCCGGAAGAGAACCGGAUUAUCAAGCCGAAAUUUCCGUCCUUUGUCAAAUACGACGUCAUCGAGUGCAGUGACACCGCGCAGCAAAACCUCAUUCCACUGUUUCCGCUGGUAAAAGCCGCGGUGGAUCAGGUAUAGGUAGAGGUGAUUUUUUUAUAGAGAUUAUCUUCGGGUUUUGAAUGCACAUGAAAAGGUUUUACACCCACUUGCUUUCCCUUUAUUUGCAGGUUCUUGCUAUGAGCCGCGAUCACCGCAUCCUUCUUCAAGGCACAGUCGGGUAUCAGAAGAAAUUAUGUCUGAAUCAGGAAGAUGAACGGAGAAAAUUUAUGUGGUUGCUUUUCAUGGACGAGAAGCAAAGCCUGCACGCCAUAGCUCCGUUACAGUUUUACAUAAUCUCAAUUGAUUUUUUGUACGUGCAUAGGCGGAUGGAUUUUGCAACAGACACACGCACACCAGCGGUGGCUUCACCCUCGUGUCAUGCGUGGCCCAGGUUGUAGAUAGUUGACGAAGUUAGAGUUCUACAGCGGUAGCUAGCAUUGGUUGGAGUUUGCACCAUUUCUUCCAGACUCAGACACAAUUUACACUGCAUAUGGAAAUGAGCCGGUCUGCAGCAUUCGCGGCUGCCUACGUUAUGGAAUCGUACAAUCUGUCCUGGGAGGCGUCGAUUUACUACGUUGGCACGCGCCGGUAUGGAAGCGGUAGGUUUGAAAUCGUCAAAGUUGAAAGAAUCUGUAAUGCAUAAAAUGCAUGACCCGAGGUGCGUGUGUUGCAGAGCAGGCAAGUGAUGCCGAUUGGAAGCCUGUUUGGGGUUACAGCUCGAGGUGCUAAAGUAGCAUGAGAAAAUCACUCUUCUUUGCCUAAAUAGCAUGACAGACUGGAUUUAGGGACCGCCGAAAUUUGUCAUUCGCCACUGGGAAACUGGGUUCCAACUGGCAUCCAUUUUAUGCAUGACAAAUUAUUUCAACUUUGUCGAUUUCAACUCUGACACAUCCAUAGCCGGAACUGCGUUUCCGUGAACGAAAAUUUCCGAAUUCAGCUCCGGGAAUACGACAUGAUCUGGAAAACCCGGCAGAGACAGCAGCAGCAAACUGCGACAGUCAAUAGUACCGGCAUGAUGAUACCAAAUCAACACACUGGUGCGACGGCAAACGGGCAGCCGGGCGGGGUAGCCCUGCAGCAGCUCGCUGGUGUUCAGCAGAGUCAACUCCAAGAACCCUACGAGCAAAUAAUGCUGCCACAGCCUGGAGGCGGCAUGAAGCGGCGUCUAGAAUACGACGACAACACGGACGCAGAAGUGUUGCCAGUGCCCAGCCACGAAAACCAACCGGGAGGAGUAAAGCCAGAUAUAGUGGCAAUGGACAACGGAUAGGAUAAUUUUCUUGUGAUAACUUUGCUCAUGAGAAGAUUUUCUUGUUCUUGCUGCACCAACUUGAAUUUGCAAUGCUGGAAGACAAGAAGGUUGGUGUCUUUCUCAGACGACUUUCUCUUUCACUCGACGCUGUAAUUGUAGUGUACUCCGACGCCAGCGUCGUUCUACAUUAAUUAUUAAGGAAAGACGCGACAGCGGCGCAGGUGAAUAGUCACUUACAAGUAGUACCGCAAACAAAGGCUGGUCUGUUCCUACUAAAAUGUCACGCAAGAUAGAAUGUCUCCUCGCAUUUGUACUUCCCGUUUGGAGGACCUGAGAGGCUUGUUACCUAUGCUUGAG